AUGCAACAAGCUGGCAUGAAUCUUCAAAAAUGGGCAUCCAACAGCAAGACACUGCAAAGAUUGUUCCAAAAAGGAGUCCCCCAACCAGCUGAUAUGGCGACAGACACCAAGGUGCUUGGAAUGCAUUGGAAUACAGAAGAGGACACUUUGAAGUUGUCGUUGACCUCGACGUUGAACUUCUUGAAAACGAAAUUAAGUACAAAGCGAUAUGUCCUUCAAGCUGCCAAUAGAAUCUACGACAUCGUGGGAUUGCUAUCACCUUUCACCAUCCGAGUCAAGAUUAUGUUCCAAAAACUGUGGGAAUUAAAGAUAAGCUGGGACAAUAGUCUUCCUGAGAACAUACAACAAGAGUGGAACACAUGGUGCAACGAGAUUCCACAGCUACAAGUCAUAUCCAUAUCUCGAUUCUUGUUCGAGGAACUCCGACACACUACGCUGUUUUACGAACUACAUGUCUUCACUGACGCCAGUCCGAAGGCUUACGGCGCAGUUGUCUACCUAAGAACAUCUGACUCUGAGAGCACAGUAGAAAUACAUCUGCUACUUGCAAAGGCGCGAGUAGCACCUCUUAAAAAGCUGACACUCCCUCGCUUAGAGCUGAUGGGAGCUCUCAUCGGUUCUAGAUUACUGCGCUAUGUAGAAAAGACGUCGCUUCAAGACCACGAAGUAUACUUGUGGACAGACUCUACCAUAACGUGGAAGUGGAUACAAGGUCAAAGUCACCGGUGGGAGACAUUUGUUGCUAAUAGAGUGACGGAAAUCCAAAACACUACGCCUACAGCUCGCUGGAGAUUCUGCCCGGGUAAAGAAAACCCGGCAGAUUGCCUAACAAGAAGACUCUCCGCGUCGAACCUAGAAUCAAACAACUUGUGGUGGACUGGCCCUUCUUGCCUCAAGAAACCGUCACCAGAAUGGCAACAGGCGCAUCCCGAACGAGACGACCUAGGCGACAUGGAAGACAAGGACAUCAAAACCAAUGUACUACAAGUAACAACUGCCGUAGACGACCCUGUUCUUUACUUGCAGCGCUACAGCGAGCUCUCAAGGGUCCUACGCGUCACUGCUUGGAUUUACCGUUUCAAAGAAAACACUGGCGCACUGAAGGAAUUGUCUAACUACCUUUUAACGGCAGAACUCAAAAGAGCGGAACAAUACUGGAUAAAGAUGACAUCGGAGUUUUACGCGUAG